AAACAAAUCAAAAUGGAGUAGUAUAGCAAAACACGUGCGAUGUAUUCGCAGUAUGUAGUAUAACGUAUUUACUUUUCAUAGAUUCAAAAAAAUUAUGAACUACAUUGUAAAAUAUGUUUAAUGAAACUUUUCAUUAUAUAAUGCCAGAUUUCUUUAUUGAUAUAUAUAUAUCUUGAUAAAAAUCAUUUUAUUAUUCAAGAAUUUGUAACUAUUGUGUAUUUUAGAGGUUAUGUGAUAUACUGUGCUAAAAUAUUGUUAUAAUAAAACUCUCUAUGGACAUCACCGCAGUGAGAAUAUAACAAAAAUAUAUUUUAAUUGUCAACUGAAUCAUAACAAUUAAGUAUGGCUUCUGAUAAAUCUGGAAAUACAAGUAAUUCACUUCCAUUAAAUGUUAAAAUAAAAGUGGAACCUGGAACAUCAAUGCCUGUACCUAUAAAAAAUAUUAAAACAGAACCUGGUUUAUCAAGUACAACUAGAUUAACUUCUUUUCGUUUACCAAGAGAUUUAACUUUGGGAGGUAAUAUUAAGACUGAGAAACCCAAGAAAGUAUAUACACCAAAUUUGAAUGUUCAGAGAACAAAGAAAAAGGAAGAUGCAGUACAAAAUGAUGCUCCAAAAUCAAGUAGAAGUAAAGACUAUAUUAAAGGACGAGGUAGAGGAAAUGCCGAUAGAGGAUCUGAUAGAGGACGUGGAAGAGGAUCUAGCAAUUUAAUUCAAUCUAGUGGUAUCUGGUCUACUGGAAUAACAAGUACUGCAGCCAAACGUUACAGUAGUGGAUCUAGAGAUAGCGAUAGAAGUUCUCAAGUAUAUCUUGAAAAACCAAAAUUAGAUUUGAAUCGUAGUUUUAAUAAAGCUGAAGAAGAAGAAAAGAUAAAGUUAUUACUGAGAGACGAUUUUAUUGAUGAUGGAGAACCUAUAAAUCUUAGUAAUGCUCCUGUUGUAUUACCAAUGAUAAAAGAAGCAAAACCAUGUAAAGAAGAAAUAAAAAUCAAAAAAGAAGUAAUAGAAGAAGAAAUAGACAGAAAACCGAUUAUUUUAGAAAAUGGAGAGGUAUUAUCACCAAAGAAGGAAUCUAAAUGUAAAAUAUCCAAAUCUGAUAAAGAUAUAAAAGACGAAUUCUUAGAUAGCAUUCCUAAAAUUAUUAAUAAUAAAAUUCAUUCUUAUAUCUUAAUGCAGUUUCCAGACUGUUUGCCAGGUUUAGUAAGCAGUGCAGAAGACACUAAACCAAAUCGUUCAAAUUAUGAAAAAGAGGAUGAAAAUAAAUCGGAAACGGAAUUUUGUACUUUAAAUAGUUUAAAACCUGGUAUUUUAGGCAAAUUACAAAUCCUAAAAUCGGGUAAAGCACGUUUAUUAUUGGGAGAAAAUAAUUUAAUCGUUGAUGUAGGAUCACAUCUUAGUUUUCGACAAGAUCUCAUUGCAACAAAAGUGGAUACCGAAAAUUUAAACGGCGAUUUAAUUAAUUUAGGACCAGUAAAUAGUACGCUUAUAUGUUCUCCUGAUUGGGAAUCAAUGUUGGCCAAAUUAUAAAUACAUUUAUAAUAAUGAACAGAUUUAUUAAAUGUUCUUUAUUAUGUAGAACACAUAAGAAUAUGUGAUGAUUAUUUAUAUAUUAUGUAAAAUACAAAAUACGCUUUUUUUUGAAAA